UAAGAAAGCCGGAGGUGGGGUGACCGGCACUUAUCAAGGCUCCUCCAAGGUCCAGUGUCACAUCAGAUCUAGCUUUACAGACUGUGAGGACAACAGUGGGAUUAUGACCUUCACUCUCCAUCCAUGGGACUCCAUCUACCUGCCGCCGCCACCCGACUUCUCUAACAUGGAACGAAUAUCGCCGAUAGAUUCCAACAAGAACAGGAGUCCAGGGGAGGAGAAGAGCCUGCUACGUGAGCCAGACUCCAGGGCCGAUCCCAAGAAAAAGGAGAAGCCCCCUGGGAAGAAGAAAAAUUACCAGCGAUACGCCAAGCCGCCAUAUUCAUACCUGGCCAUGAUCGCGCUGGUCAUACAAAACGCCCCGGACAAGAGGCUCAAGCUCUCCCAGAUUUUACAAGAGAUCAGCACCUUAUUCCCCUUCUUUAAGGGCAAUUACCAAGGGUGGAAAGACUCCGUCAGACACAACCUGUCGUCUAACGACUGCUUCAGGAAGGUUCUGAAAGAUCCACACAAACCGCAGGCUAAAGGAAACUAUUGGAUGGUAGAUGUAAGCCGGAUACCUCCGGAUGCCAUGAAGCUACAGAACACAGCCGUGACCCGGCAGGAUAUCUACCCCCAUGACCUGGCCCCCUACAUCAUCCAUGGACAUUCCUACAGGCCUGCAGACUUCUGUCGUCCUCAUCUCCCUAAAGAUGCUGAAACUAUCAGAGCAGAACCUGAGGCCACUGCUCCGGCCAACUCUUCAGUUCCAGACCCGGCAGUGUCCUUCCCAAUGAUCCUAUGGAACCUUCCUACAUCUUACUCCAAGUGUGUUGCCCCUAAUGUUGUGGCCCCCCCCAGCAUACACCCGCUUCUGCUUUACUCCAACUUCCCAUCGAUAUCCCUGUAUAACUACGCGACACCUCAUUACACUGGUCCCUCUUACCAAGACAGAAGGGAGGCCUUCUCCUCCAGCCUACAACCUCAAUUAUCCCUCCCCCCGCGGCCUAUGGAAAUAAAGAAUGCUUCGGGUGAUUUCCCUCCAAACAAAACAGUGUUUGACAUCCCAGUAUAUGCCACGCACCCUGGGUACAUGUCCCACCAGAGUCUAUACAGGGAGCACCUGGCACACAGCGCAGGCCUCCCCGGGUACAUGCAUAUGGGAUACUGA